AUGAAACGAGCGCAACCUUCAUUUUUAAACGCCAUUGAAAGCAGCGUUGAUCGUCGCAGGCGACCUCGUCCGAUCAGCCGUGUCAAGUUGGAAACAUUACUGGCUGAAGAUCGUCAAUCCUGUGCGUCUCAGGAAUCACAACUUAACCCCCUCAGCGAAAUGGACGAGUAUUUGGAGGAGCACAAUGUCCAGGAUGCGUACGGUACGAUCUCAAAAGAAGAAGAAACAGUCAAGGUGUGCCUUCGUUUGCGGCCGUAUUCUACGUCAAGUGGCCCUACGGCGUUCAAAAUCAAAGAUAAUACUCUGAUUGCGCGUUGUCAAGGUGAAAACCUGGCGUCAUCCCAAAAGCAUUACACAUUUAGCAACGUGUUCGAAGACGAUGUUUCACAGGCGGAUGUAUACGAUUCCUGCAUACGACCGACCAUCCGUCCUACCCAAGGGGAGCCUGGUGCAACUUUCCUCACGUAUGGAACAUCGGGUUCGGGAAAAACAUAUACUUUGCUGGGAAACUCGUUGCAUCCUGGUAUUGUACCGCGUUCGAUUGAACAAAUUUAUGAGGAACUGUUUGAUAACAUAUCAAUCGAACCCAGUCUGAAGAUGGAAUGCAUGAAGCCGAUUCCGCUGAGCGAUGAAUCGGUGUUGGAUGAAUUGCGGAAGUUACAAUAUAUCAAAAGUCGUCUACGGGGAGAUGAGGAAUCCCAACAGGCUAUAAGCGAUACCAUUCAGAGCCAGCACCAGUUUCAACCGUUGGAACUUGGUGACAAACGAGUGUAUAUUUGGAUCUCAUAUGUUGAAAUUUACAAUGAGAAUGUGUAUGAUCUGCUGAACGUAGAUAGCGACUAUGGAAAGCGCAAACCGAUGAAAGUUCUCUCGAACGACGGCAAUGCUUACAUCAAGGGUUUGUCUACCUUGUAUGCGGGAACGAAAGAGGAUGCAUAUAACUUGCUUCAGUAUGGAUUGCAAAGCGCUACUUACGGUGCGACCGAUGUUAAUAGUAACUCAAGUCGCUCACACAGUAUUUUCACUAUCACCAUAAUCACACACUCUGUAUCGACGCAAAGAAUUUCACAAUCCGUUUACAAGUUCUGUGAUCUUGCUGGAUCGGAGCGACAGAAAAAAACUGGAAAUAUAGGCGAUCGCCUUAAGGAGGCUCAAAAAAUUAAUACGUCACUGUUGGUGCUAGGUCGGUGCCUCGAAACCGUACAUAAAAAUCAGAAAACGAAAAAAAUACACGAUCUUGUACCUGUCCGUGAUUCAAAACUGACCAUGAUAAUCCAAUCGGCUUUGCUCGGCAAAGAGCCGAUGACGAUGAUUGUGAACGUUUAUCCGACGGAGGAGUUUUAUGAUGAAAAUAUAAACGUAUUAAACUUUUCCUCAAUUGCUAAGCAGAUCAUAAUCAGCAAGGAGCCGAAGCACAUGAAGACUUCGCAUGGUACACGUUAUUCGUUUUUCCUUUCACAAGCAAUUAGCAGUCCAUUGUCCAAGAUAGAUACUAAUCAGCUGUUGCUGGAUUAUGAAAGUUUAAAAUUGGAAAUAGAGCGUCUAAAUAACGAAGUGAAGCAGAAGGAUGCAGAGCUGUUGUGCCUACAUAAGAAAUUAGCCAUACAAGAGUUUCAAUUGCGGAAAGAGCUUACGGAUAACUUUCAAAAGAACCUGGCCAAAAUGGAAGAAUCGCACGAACAUCGCAUCAAGAAAUCCGAAGAGAUCGCUAUUGUACCAUUUAAAAAUCAGUUGCACAUGUUGGAGAAAAAAUUAAAGACGAAAGAGCAAAUGAUAAUGGAACUAGAAGAUGAGCAAGAUGAAUAUGAACGUAAAUUGGAGGCAUACGAGGAAGAGCUCACCAAGUAUCGCCUUCAACAAAGCCGUGUCCGUAGGCUGUCUCUGUAG